AUGUUGAUUGUUCUGUACAUAUUAUUAUUGAGGCUGGGACUCGCGGUUGGAAACCUGUUUUAGUGUGCUCUGGGAGCACAUUUGAACUGAGGGAGGCUAGCACUCCGCGUAGCGCUCUACCGCCUCUCAAGUUCUACUCCGCGUUAGCUCUCACUGCAGCGACACCGCGCGCCGCGAAACCUUUGCUCAAAGGGCACCGCCAGGCCCUCAAUAGAGCCCAGUCUUUGGGAGGCUGAAAAGCAGCCUAGCUGCCGCCACGCGAGCCGACGGCGCGACAACACCUAACGCGGUACGUGCCCGAGACCUUCGCGGACGCCGCCACGCGCUUCUCCUACGUAACCGACGCUUGCAAACCAAACGCUACGUAUUCCGAUGCCGUCGCGAAACAGGAACCGAUUCCAUGCACCGUCCUCCCCGAGUUCUAUGGGAAUGUCUAUGAGGUCAACCUCAGCGGGAACCGCGGCGAGGACGGCGUCGUCAUCAAACCGGACAAAGGGAAGCUCUGGGACGUGUCGAUGGAAGUCCUGGACGUUGAUGAGGCCGAGGCUCUACUAGACUCGGUCCCGAAGAUCCGCGAGGUCCGAGACCUCGCCCGCGCGGCGCUGGCGCCCUACAAAGAGCACGACCCGGACAUGCGAAAAAAGGGCGGCUCCGGCACGAUCGGGCUGACGUGGAGCCUGCAGAGGAACCGGCGGGGCGUGCCGAAGCUGACGCAGCUCUACUUCUUCCAGAAGAAGCUGGGCAUUGUAGUGAGUGAGGACUACGCCGGCUCCUUCCGCAUAGAACCCGUCAUGGACGCCUUCUUUGCCGAGGACGCCGAGGUCUACCAGCUCGAUUUAGAGGUCACACAAUGCCCACUCACGCACAAGGCCGAGGGCGUGGCGUGGUGGAGCGGAGUGACGUACUUCGGGGCCGCGGAGAGCCAUUUGAUCCAGCAGAUGCCGAUCGCGCGCGUGCCGUCCUACGGCCUCACGAUAGCCCAGCGGGCCGUUAUUGAGAGGCUCGUCGAGGAGAACCCGCAGCACGGGCUGCGGUGGCUGCUGCGUGCUGACGGCGGCACGGAGUUCGAGGUGGGGGUCUCGAACCUCGGGAAAAUGACGCCGGAGGCCGCCGCGCCACCUGCGGUACGUGGCUCAGCGUCGAAUUGGCGCCUUCAGAUCGACCUCACGGUUACCAAACUCACCGGUCGACGUCCCGCAGGCUUGUCAACGCCGGACUAGCUUUACGAGGCAAGGGCGACCUCCUCACGAUCUCGGAGCCGCGUCGGCCACGGCGGGCCCCACCGGGACUGGGGCUACCUACGGCAAGGCCACUCAGUUCACGGCGGGCCCCAACGGGUAUGGGGCUCAAGUUCGCUACCAGUCUGGCGAGGACCACCUGUCAAAAACGCAAGCGAUGGAGCCAUGGAUGCUCGCGAAGUCGCACGCUCGGAACUACUUCAUGCUUAUUAACCUCGCGUUGCACUGCGCCGCGACGGACGAGCGGCCGGAGUCGUGGGCGAGCCGGUUGCUGACGCGGCCGAAACUAGCGCUCGAAUCGCUCAAGACGUUGGAGUUCCGGGACUCGGUUCGGACCGGGGCGCCGGUGGAGGACCUGAAGAUCGUCGGCGCGCGCGUGAACCCUGGUAGGGGCGGCUGGGAGCGCAAGUACGUCUUCGACGUGCUGCGCGAGGACGGCGGCGUCGGCGAGUGGGCGUCGUAUGAUAUUGCCGCUCGCUUUGAAGUUGAUCGGCCCGCGGACGAAGCCGCCGUCUUCACCGGGGAGGGGCACCCUGGCAGCACCUGAUGAAGCCCUGGCCUGUAUUCUCGCGCCGGCGCAAGCGC